UUAGUUUUUUAGUAUUUUUCAGGCAUGAAAUGUGAGCAAAGAAGAGUGAAAAAUGUAAAUUAAAGUCAAAUUUAUUGUUUAAAAAMGUGAUUUGAAGGCAUCGGAUGUGACUCAACUCUGUCUGAUGAUGCUCUCUAGUUGAACAAAGUAAAAUAAAAUAAAUUAUCCCUGGCCUCAAAUAUCUAUAACUCUAGUUUAUCCUUCGGUACAAUUUCCAGAUGUCUGAAUGUUCAUCUGUUCAUUUAUACACAAGUGUGAACUCCAUGAAAAUGUCCUGUCAUAACGCAUAGGUAGUAAAUGGGUUUUGUGUUCCCGAGAUYAAUGCAUUUUGGUGCAAAGUGCGCCGAUCAACUUUUAAACGUAGAAGAUGCUGAGAAGAGUCAUCAACUAUGAAACGCGUCUAACAGGAACUUAAAGGCCACUCGACAAGAAGAAGCCUUUACUCUGAACGCAACAUAAAAGUCUGAUAAGUUUUCAAAUGCCUGCAAGUCUUUUGGUCUGAUGAAACUAAACCUGUUUGGUGGUAACCUAAUUAUGCUGUUAGGAUAGUAAGGACGUAGUUUUUAAGACAAAAGCAAAAAUACAAACCAAAAAAACGACAAAAAUGUAAAACAAAAUCAGAUGUCGGCAGCACUGGGUGUACCCCAUCCCUCUCUGUGGCCCUGAAAGGAAGAAGCAGGAAAAAGAUGUUGGAGGGACAUCAGAUUUAAUGAAUUUGCUUCCUGUUUUGGAAAUCACAACACUUAUUUUUUUUUUUUUGCUUUGCCCCCCCUGAUAUUUGUGGUGGUGGUGGUGGUGGGGGGGGGUCUUUCUGUCCCACUCUAAACUUAGCCCUGACAGUGGCACUCUUCAUUAAAACAUGCACGCCACACCAGAGCACAAAGGAUGGUAUUGAAUGACCUCAAAUGUUGCUGGAUUUUAGGAGUGGCGCUGGAGGAAUAAGGAUUAUUUGAUGUAACACAAUCUGGUAAACAGUUUGCUGCUUUUACUUUUUUCUGUGACUGCCCCCCUUUGGUCUGUGCUGGGAUCAGUGUGUGUGUUAACACAUUUGUUGCCUGAGAGAAACAGCUGCCUCUGCUGUAAGAUUUGCUUCUGCUCUGAUGGGGUGUUAAUCAUGCAGACUGAAGAGCUCAUGUGUUCGUUUCUGUUUCACCCAGAGACAAAGCAUGUUGAGCGUCUACACAACCUGGCAAGUUUCUGUUGAUUCCUGCUCUCUGUUUACUUGCUCCUAUCUAUCAUUUGUAGAUGUAAUCGUAAAGAUUUGGCAGCUUUGUUUUCUGUCUUUCACUGUCUGCAAUGUUCCUCUGUUAUGAUGGGCAACUAUAGCUCAGCUCUCAUCCCUGACACAGAGGAGUUUGAUUCGAUAGUGACUGCAACGGAGAAGGUGAAUGAGCAGGGAGCACACGCCGGGAAUGAGAAGUUACAAUCAGAGCUUCUGGAAGUAACACUUUCAACUGAGGAGGGAAAGAAACAAAGCCAAAGUGAAGGGAUGAAUUCUUUAACACAUAAAGAAGGCACCCAGGGAGCCAAUCAGAACACCUCUGCCCUUCAGACUUCAGAAAAGAACACGCCAGUGCAGUCGUUCUCCUCCGUGUUGCCAAAGGCUCUCUCUGCUGUCAUGAAUCCAGCCUUUAACCCUCAACCUAAAACCCCAGAGAAAAACUCCAAACCGAACCUGGACCAGCUGCAGACGGAGCUGAGAGAUCUGAGGGACCAGUUUGAACAGAUGAAGAUUCAGCACAACAAAGAAAUUAAGCUGCUGAUGAACGAGCUCGACGAGGAGAAAAGGAUUCGUUUAACUUUGCAGAUGGAGAUACAGCGUAUGAAGAAGCACAUGUCAAAAUGAGGUGAGAGGAUGAGGAGAGCGAGAGAUACUCCUGGAAGGAAUUUAAAAUAAUUUGAAAUAUUCUGGAUACAAAAACUUUUAUCUGGAAAUGCUACGAUGACGUGUUCAGCAUUUAUGACUGAUUAGUGAGGAAUAAGUGGGUAUUAGGCACAUUUUAGUUCUCAAUGCUUGAAGUUUUAAUGAUUUUGUUAUGUGAUGUCAAAACUGAUCUUGUAUGUGUUGUAGUUUUUCAUCACCCGCAUAAAAUACAUUACAUUUCAAAAGUCUUAUUUCCUGUGUAAAUACAAAUCUGAAUAAAAAAAAAAGUAUUUGGAAAACGA